CAAAAAUGGCCGCAUCUAUUUAUGCUACCCCACCGCCAGACUUAAGCAGUGAGGACACUGCACUUUCCGAUGUCUCGAAUGCAUCUUCGCUAAAUAAUCGCAGUAGCAACAACAGCAACAGCAACACUACUAACAACAACACAAACUACAACAACAGCACAACUACCAGCAACAACAACACAACCAGAACAAAUCCAGUAACAAAUAAACAAAAACGCACAAUUUCCGAAGUCCUAGCCGGCAGUGGUGGUGGUGGUGGUGGUGCUGCAAGCCAAGUUGAUCAGCAGUCGCCAAAACGCUGCAUUAGCGCAUCACCAAAAGCGUCUAACGGCGGCAUCACUACAAGUGCCACAAUUACAGUUGAGGAGGCCAUUGAUAGUACAAUACGAGAUGAAGGGGUAAUUGACGAUGAUGCCGACAUGUCAACGACAUCAUCGCCAACAGAAAGCGCCUCAGCUGCCACAAUAGCGGCCGUAGCAGCGGCAGCUAAUGCAGCAGCCAUGCAGCUGCAAUUGUUGGAGGCGCUCAACGAUGCUGCAAAGAAGCGACGCAAACAAAAUAAUCCCAGUCGAUUGGGGGCGCAGGCAGCAGCAGCAGCCGCCGCGGCAGCACUACAGCUGAAUGAGGCCAGUGAAGGGGCGCUAAUCAAUGCGACUGCAGAAGCCAUAAUUGCAGAUAAGCCACCACCAACAGCACUGCCAAUAGAUUACGAAGAGAAAUUAUCGAAAAUGUUCUUACCAAAGUCAAUGGAACAGCUGAAGGAAACGUUUGAAAUGUUGCAGCAGCAAAGGCAACAGCAAUUUGGAGACAUAUCACCAGAUGCGGGCGAGGUAUGCGACGGAUCGAAUCUUUCGACGCCCCACGAAAUUAUACCGAAAAGAGAGGCCCAUUUGGAGGCAAAAAUUUGCAACGCCGAAGAAGUGAGUGAGCAGAAAGCCACAGAGCUACAGGCAUCAGCCGAUGAGUGGCAGAACCCUUAUCACACGUUCUGCAAAACAUGUGGCGAGAACUUUGAAACCGAAUUUAAGCUUGGCUUGCAUAUGCUGCAGGAGCAUCAGAAUGAUGAGCUGGAGCAGGGUAGCGUUGGCGGCGCUGCGGAGGGCGCACAACAAAAGGCGGAGCACAUGCCAUACGAUAUGCUUGGCGCGGUGAACGUAAAAAUCGAGCGUCCCGACUAUGACAACUCUACGUCUCCACCUGCCGCCGCCUCGAGCAACAAAAAUGAGAGCUCUACACCCAGCCUGCUGACAAAUGGCAAAGAACCCUGGUUGCACGCCAUGCCGGGCAUGGGUUUCCCCUUUCCACCGGAGGCUGCUGCUGCAGCUGCGCUCUCAGCCAGCGGCUAUCUGCCACUCCUUGGCAUGCCUGGCUUCCCCAGCGUCGAUGGGUUAAAUCGUCCGCCGUUGCGCAUUUUCAAUCCCGAAGCUUAUUGCGAUCUCUGCAACAAAGAAUUCUGCAAUAAAUACUUCCUCAAGACGCACAAGGCCAACAAGCAUGGCAUCUACGAUCCGGCCGUUUCUGGCAGCGGCGAGAGCGGCAACAGCACUGCGGCUGGUGGAAAUAUGAAUGCCAUGACGCAAAUGUUACAACUUCAAAUGCAACAACAGCAACAGCAGCAGCAGCAGCAGCACAGCAUGCAACAAUUGCAGCAGAAACAACAACUGGCUUUGGAAGAGGUUCAACAGAAGCAACUCAGCGCACAAGCAGCCAACAGCGCAACCGCACAACAACUCACACCGCCCGCACCGCCGCCGGUGUAUUGCGACAUUUGCUCAAAACGUUUCACCAAUGUCUUCGCCAUGCGUCGUCAUCGCGCCAAAUCGCACGAACAGCUACCGCGUAACAGCCCUGGUGGCGAGCAGCCGAUACCGACGCCACCACCGCAGCCACCACAGUCCACAGCGAAGCCAGAUACAGCCACUGCUGCACAAAAUGAAACGAAACAUGAAACGGUGGUCACGGAUGCUGCUAGUUCUGGUGCUGGUAAACAGUUCCAAAUGCCCGACGGCUUUCGGCAGGACUUCACGCUCGAACAAGAGGAAGUGGCUUUCACGCCACAACCACGCAAAUUAUCGCCGCAAUCGCAACAGCAGGCGCGUGAUGCCAACUUCGCACACGAUAAGCUACGUCGGCUUGGCGUGCUCAAUCCGGAAGCUUUCUGCGAAAUCUGUUGUAAAGAAUACUGCAACAAGUAUUUCCUGCGUACGCACAAAUGGAAGCGUCACGGCAUAUUCGUGCCGCCAGAUGACGUGAAGGAUGAGCAACUGCAGCUAACGCAGAAGAUGUCAUGGCCAUUCAUGGGUCUGCCGGGCAUGCCGCUGAACUUGAUGAUGGCCGGCGACAAGGCGCUUAUGGCACAACGCAUGUUUGCGGCCGCCAAUGCAGCUACUUCCGCCACAGCCAAUGCUAGCGUGGAUGAGACGACUCAGCACAUGGCCAAACGCAUCAAGCUCGAGCAAGUGGACGAGGACAUAUCACGCGGUAAUGAUGAAAAUCAAGAGAAUAAGUGCUCCUCCGGCCGUCAAUCGGCUGAGCAACCGUCACAGCAGGCGGCUAGUAAUAGCAUGCCGUCUACGCCAGAGCCACAAAAGAUUUUAGCAGAAUCCUACAAUUCGGGUGCCAAUAUGCCGGCUAGUCCUGAGGCGGUGGCGGGUUUGCAAAACCUCCAAAAGCUCCAAUCAAUGAUACAACAACUCAAUGACUUGAAUGGCAAACAUUCGUUGGGCUGUCACCUCUGCGGCAGGGAAAUGGAGAACCAAUAUACGCUGCAAGCACACAUUGCAACCGAACACGCUGGUCUCUUUGACGGCGGUGCAAGUACACUGCCGCUGAACUUUCAGCAACACCUAUUUCAGCAGCAGCAACAGCUGCAGGCCCAACAAGCGCUCAAACUUUCGCCAUCCGGCUCACCAGGUGUUCUACCACCGCUCAACGAGAUGCGUUGCAAUCAGUGCGAUCGCGACUUUGCCAAUAUACAAGAAUUCAAACAACAUAUCGCCGAAGUCCAUCUGCUGUCAGGUAGUCCACUCCGCGAAGGUUUUGUCACACCCGAACGUCCGAUAAACGCGAGCGCCGCAGCCACUAACUCACGACCGCCCUACACCAUCACACCCACCAGCAGCUACUGCGAAAUCUGCAAUAAGGAGCUGUGCAACAAAUAUUUCAUGAAGACACACAUGCAACGCAUGCACGGCAUCGAAAUCGAGAAUGGCGCACAAAUUGGUGGCGUUGUUUGCAACAUCUGCAACAAGGAGCUUUGCAGCAAAUAUUUUCUGCGCGUGCAUAAACACAACACGCACGGCAUUGUUGAGGAGGGCGCACCGCUGCCGCAGCCACGCCAGAACGGAUUGAGCUUCGAGGCUCAACAGCAACAGCAACAGCAGCCGCCACAGUCGCAGCAACAACCACAACUGCCAGCUGCAGAAAUGGAAUACAGUCGCGGACUCAACCAGAGCCCCUUUGGCAGCGGCAACUCCGGAGACUCCAAAUCGGACUACGCCAAUUAUACAGAGGUCUGCGUAAUUUGUACGCGCCGCUUCCGCAGCGCCAAGUGGCUGCGUGGUCAUUUGCUGAGCGAUCACGGAUCGGCGGGCAUUGAAAAACUGCGCGAAAUCGAGCAGCAGUACGGCCCGUUGUGUAAGUCUACUAGCCCCACGCUCAAAAUACCCAACGGCUCGGGCAGCACCGGUCCUAGCGGCGGCGGCACCACUAGUACAGGCGGCAGCGCCAGUACUGCUGCUGGACUUCUACCGAACCCCACGAAUCUUGCUCAAGCUCUGCAAAACCUAAAUGCGCAACAUUUACUCGGCAACAUGCCCAAGAAUAUGUUGCCUGGCAUGUUUGGUGUGGUCGCCGAACAGGCACUCCAAUCGCCGCGUCUGCAAGAGUACCAGUGCACGAUGUGUCCCUUCACCACUCCCUAUUACGCAUUUCUAUUCAUACACGAACGCUCGCAUUCGCUGCUCGGUGGUGGUGGCGUUGCUGGUGACCUGAGCGCUGCCGCCGCACACGACCAAUACAUGGGCAGAACUGGUACAAAAGAUGAAGCAGGUGGACGUGACGAGGUCAAAUCAAAGGCGGACAGCACUAAUAGUAGCGCAUUAGUGGCGGACGACAAAUUUCAAGUGGCUCCGUUGAUGCCUACUAACAGUGCUGCUGUGCAAGCAGCAGAGAGCAGCCGUGUGGAACCAACCAAUUUGUCAACACGCAUCACCACAUCGACUGGCAGCAGCAGCGGCAGCAAAUGCAAGUCGUCUAAAGAAAAUGCAGUGGCACAACGCAGUGCUAAGCAUGCGGACGCUAAGGAGAACCACAAAGAGGCCACCGCCAGCAGGGCGGCAGUCAAUGCGAAAGUGGAUAAGACCCGCACAAUCGCAACGUCACCCAUUCUCACAGCCGCCAACAUGCCGGCUCAACAGGAUGCGCUCAAUCAGUUAGCGGAGAAAAGCGGCAAAAUAGCUUCGUAUGCUGUGCCAAAAGACAGCGCUGCGGUUGUCGACAUGGCCGAUGGAGAGCCACAAAUGCAAGCUUUCGUCUUGGAAUUGCAACAGCAGCGGCGUGAAAAGGAUGCAAUGGCGGCAGACGCUGAUAACGGUGACGCGGAGGAGCAAUGUAACAGGUUUGUGCCAGCUAUUGUUUAUUUGCCCGUUAGGAAACGCAUCUCAGGACCUGUAACUGUGUCUUUUAAUUUGACCCCAGCCUAAGGCGGUCAUGGUUGAGGGGUGGCAUGUAUGUAAUGUGUGCGUGCGUGGCUUGGGCAAAGUGUUGCCAGAUGGUUUUGCAAGCAGGGGGCCAUUAGCCAGAUAUGAAAUUGUUUUGUACUCAUGAACGGUAUAUGACUUAUAAA